GAUCACUUGGCGAUCCAGAUCUAGGAGACGGCUUGUUGUUUGCUUGCGGUCGAUUGACAGCCAGCGUAUUCAGCCUCCGUUUACUUAAACCAGGCAAAAUCCAUCUUAUCCGGUGCUGGCUUCCCAGAGACGGCAAUAUUCCAUCCCAGCCUUCUGAUAUUUUUUUUUCGCUGAUUCUUCUACGGAACCGUGUUUUCAAUAUGUUUGUGGAAGGUGUAAAGAAGGCGCUUUUGGCGUUGUCUCUUUUGGCUGCUAGUGCACAAGCUGUGCCACGAGUGCGCCGGCAAAGCAACGCAAGCUCUUUCGAUUACAAGAGUCAGAUAGUCCGCGGUGUCAAUCUAGGUGGCUGGCUGGUGACCGAGCCAUGGAUUACACCUUCACUUUAUGACAGUACGGGGGGUGGUGCGGUAGAUGAAUGGACGCUGUGUCAGACGCUGGGUCAGGACGAAGCUAAGGCCAAAUUGUCGUCUCACUGGAGCUCGUUCGUCACGCAAAGUGACUUUGACCGUAUGGCUCAGGCAGGACUGAACCAUGUCCGCAUUCCCAUUGGAUACUGGGCCGUUGCUCCUCUUGAUGGUGAGCCGUAUGUCAGCGGUCAGAUCGACUAUCUUGACCAGGCGGUCACCUGGGCUAGAGCUGCUGGUCUCAAGGUUGUCGUUGAUCUGCAUGGUGCGCCGGGCUCUCAGAAUGGUUUUGACAAUAGUGGACACCGAGGCCCCAUCAAUUGGCAGCAAGGGAAUACGGUCAACCAGACUAUGACCGCAUUUGACGCCCUUGCAAGGCGUUACGCUCAGUCCGAUACAGUCACAGCGAUUGAGGCCAUCAACGAACCCAACAUUCCUGGUGGGGUAGACGAGGGUGGCCUCAAGAACUACUAUUACGGCGCUUUGGCCGAUGUCCAGCGUCUCAACCCAUCUACUACUUUGUUCAUGUCGGACGGCUUUCAGCCUGUAGAGUCCUGGAACGGCUUUAUGCAAGGUAGCAAUGUUGUCAUGGAUACGCAUCACUACCAGGUUUUUGACACUGGCUUGCUUUCUAUGAGCAUCGAUGACCAUGUCAAAACGGCCUGUUCUCUCGCCACACAGCAUACGAUGCAAUCAGAUAAGCCCGUCGUCGUGGGUGAAUGGACCGGUGCUCUGACUGACUGUGCCAAGUAUCUCAACGGCGUUGGUAAUGCCGCUCGCUACGAUGGCACAUACAUGUCCACCACUAAGUAUGGUGACUGCACAGGCAAGAGCACGGGUUCUGUAGCUGAUUUCUCAGCUGAAGAGAAAGCGAACACCCGUCGUUACAUUGAGGCUCAGUUGGAGGCUUACGAGAUGAAGAGCGGAUGGCUCUUCUGGACCUGGAAGACCGAGGGUGCCCCAGGAUGGGACAUGCAAGACCUUCUGGCUAACCAACUCUUCCCUACCUCGCCUACUGAUAGACAAUACCCCCACCAGUGCUCUUAAACACCAACUUGGUGUUUGAACGUUUGGUUAUCACCUCUCAAGAUAUCCUUGGUCAUUCUUUCAUAUUCGUCGUGAUUCAUAAUUGGGGCUUAACCCGUCUGGUACUGAUGUUUAUCGAGUCUUGCAUUCCUUAUUAUCAUUACCUUUUCCUCCACACUACUUAGUAAAGUCAGACUCGC